AUGAAGCUGACGGAUGGAUCCAGUUCAGAGGACCAGUUCGGGACGAGUAGGCCUGCCUACACAAACAAGCUGGGAGGACCUUGGCUACUAAGCAAAAUGGGGUUCACACGACACGUGGAGUGUGAGGUUGAAGAGCCACGAGAACAGACAAUGUCGCCCGACCAGGUUAGGGUGGAGAGGGUGCUUGUUCGCUUGUCGAGAAGAGAACAAAUCGCAGCACAGCAGCGACCCAGAUCUCUCGGAAAAGAAGACCAUUCAACCGAGUCGACAAAGUGUCGGCGUGGAGUAGCCGUGGCGACUGUUGGAGACGGCUUCUCGUGUGCCGCCGGCCCCGGACACGGUCUAGCGCUGAUGGUUUUGUGUACUAAAGUGGGAAUCCCUCUAAACGGAGGACGACCAAACGAGCCUUCGCGACGGACAUGCUUUUACAAAUGCCAAGUCAAAAGUGACAUUUCGAACAGGCCACUUUUCCUCUCGGUCUUGGCAACAGGAUCGAGUCGACGGAGCCAUCCGCCCUCGAGUGGAGACGGUAACGUGCGGCAUAGGACUGUCGAUUUGGUACCCUCGCGACAGUCGACCUGUGGCCACGACCGAGCUGCCAAAAUGGGGUCAUGUCAACUCGGUACUUCUUCUGUACCAUCGCGCGCACACACCCACACAGAAUAG